GCAGCUCUCUCCAGAGACCAUGAAGGGCAUUGUGCAGGCCAGGCAGAGCAUGGGUCAGAUGUGUCCUUGUUUGACAGCUCAGCGUCCCUCUGGGCUGUCCUCCCAGUCAGGAUCAGACAGUGCUCCACAGUGCCUCCUCCUGGAGAGGCGUGGAGAAGCUGAGGCUCAGCAGGUCCAGGAGCACACAGUGGACAUCACCUCCCCACAGGACCAUGUGCCCACCCAUCCAGGGACACCCACAGACCCCCUGGCUGAAAUGCUGGUCAAUGGAGACAGCAACACCAAAGCUCCAAGCCCUGUGCCAAGUCGUGUGUCUUCCCCUCGCUCCCCCCGUUCUCCGCACUCACCUCCUCCACGCUCGCCCUCUUCUCCGCACUCCCCUCACUCCCCACAUUCUCCUCGCUCUCCUCGAAGUCCUGUUUUUACGAAUGGCCACUUCUCUCCCUAUGUCUCUGGCCAAAAAGAUUUAAAUAACGGUGCUUACCCCAAGCUGAGAGACCAUGAGAAUGACUCCGGCCUCGCUCCCUGUGCCACAGAGUCUCAGCUGAGAGAGGAGGAGGGUGGAGAGGGGAUCCAGGCCAAAGUGCAGACUGGCAGCCCAGUGCUCUCCUCCCCAGUUGCCCCCCGCAAGGACCCCAGCCGCAGGCAAAGUCGCAUCCCAGUCCUGGAGCCCUCCAGUCUGCUGGAGCUCCCACCUCCAGGGUCUGCCAAGGAGAAACUCUUAAAGAAGAAAGCCAGUCACCAGGGUCCGGUCCCCUCUCCCACCGCCUCACCCUCCCUCUCUGAUAGGCGCAGUGCCAUGGUCGCCUCCCUUGCAAGAGACCCACUGUCCUCCACCUCUGACCGCUCGCAGGACGAGGACUCUCUCAUGGGCUCCCGCUCCGACCGCCAGGGAGACGAUGCUCCGUCUCUCUCCUCCUCUUCUAGCCCUCUGUCCCGCAAGAGUAGGAUCCCUCGUCCAGUUCAUUCUGCUGAGCAGCUGGCUGCCCAAUUCCUGCCACGCCCACCGCCUGGGAAGCCACCUAGUCGCUCCACAGUGGAGGGCAGGCUAAGACGUUACCGCAUCCGAGCGAGCAGCACCAGUGACUCUGACCUCCUGACAUGCCUCGCUCAGCUGAUGCAUGGCUCCCGCGGCUCCCCCGUUCACCACCGCUCCUCAGCCCAGCACGGGGGCUCCAGGAUGGGCAUCUGCAGUCUGACGAGCUCGCCGCACCACCACCGCAGCUCCAGCGCUUCUCCGCGCAGCUCCUCCUCCCUGCAGCGCUCCGUGAGCUCCUCGCCCUCCCGCCAUGAGCCCCGUGGGGGCGGGGGAGGGGGCUGCCUUGGCCGCAGCCGUUCGCCCCCCAGCUUCUCCGGCUCACCACCCCCCCGCCGCUUUUACUCCCAUCAUCAGGAGACUUGCUGCAGCCGCCAGGCACGCACAGGCCCCUUAUACCUGUCCAGGGGUAAAGGCUGCAGCCGAGAGGGCAAGUGCUCCAGCAAGCUGAGCAGAUAGUUGCACUGAUACAGCAGAGGACGGGAAGACUCCAAAUUCUGACAGACAUCAGUCAGGAUAAGAACCUGAGUCUUCCUCUUUAAUUAGAUAAAAAAAAAAAAAUCUUCUUUCACAGUGUUUCCCCGUCAGUCUGAUUCUUACAGUUGAACCUCGCCACUUCCUAGUGUUUGCUUCUUCUAUUUGCACACAGCGUUUGUCAUUCAAUUACGUGCUUAGCUUUAAACCAGUGGUUCAGUAUUGAAUUUCCGUAAAGUUGUGGGACAGGUUUGAGGAACAAUGGUCAAAAUCCGUACAUCAGAGGUUCUGACACCAAACGCUUCUUCUUCCCUGACUCCUCCAUGUGAGUAAAUGUUUUCGGUGCCACUUUAUGACAAUUUAUCAGACUAACUACUGUAUCAUUUUAUAUUCGUUAAAAUGUGGUAGAGCAAAAUAGUGUAGCUGUAAAAUGUAACAGUUCUUUCUCAAGGCAGGAAGUUCAAUAAUACAUGAGUCAAUAGUUAGUUGAGCCAGAAGACACAUAAAUAAAUCAGCUUAUUUAACUCUAAACCAUCCUGCACAACAAUAUAUAGUAGCUUAUUUAUCCCCCAGUGAUGAUGCACUUGUGUAAUACUGAUUGAAUAUCAGUGCAGCUGAUCCCAGCUUUGUUAAAUAUUAGCCUGGGGUUGAAUCCGUUGUCUCCUGAUUUUUGGAGCAGGCAGGGUAUAAUAUUUACUUUAUGCUACAAGUGAAUGCAUAAAGCCAGAGUUUGUGUACAGCUGUAUUUAUUGAGAUAUUUAUUUUCAUGCUUAGUGAUGCCUACGACUCCUGUACCCUCUUCUGUGCGAUCAUGGACGUGCGGGUUUGUGUCGCCCGGAUUAGUUUUACACGCUCAAUCGACGGGAUUACGCCGAAGUGAUCCUUUAUACAAUCAAUCAUGUACCGUGUGUGAGGAUACACACCUUUUUGUGCCUACUGUGUUGCUGAGAGGUGAUUUGAAGGGAUUACAGGUUGUUGUAGUGGAACUCCUUUUUAGAUGUGAAGGCAUCAUGUGUUAGCUGUAGUUGUAGUAGCAGUAGGGAGCUUAAAGAACACAAGGUACAUCACAUGAGUAAUGGUCAGAUAUAUUUGUCUCAGCUUGUGCCUUGGCACUUUGGGCAGCUUGAGGAUUCACUCUGGUGUGUCUGUGAUUAGA